UAAAAUGGUAUCAAGCACAGGGUAUGACAUUGCUUUCGGACAGACUCAGAUUGAUUUUCUCAUCUUUCUAUGAGCACAGUAGUAAUUCAUGGUUUCGAUGGAGACUACUAUAAUUCUAUGAGUUUUAACGGUAACGGUAACACGAUUUUACCAUUACCGCACAUGUCUAUUCAGGAGUUAUAAGCAUUUUUUCGAGACUCCCAAAUGGCAUUUUCAGUGAUUUUCGAGAUUUUUCGACCCUUCAUCGAAGCCAAGUCACCGAACAAAGUGUAAAUUCGGAAUCAGCAUGCAAUACUGCGUCGAGUGACAUGUUUUUAAUCUUCAUUUGAUGACUUUCAUUUUUUCACCAUGUACAUGCCAUGAUCCACAGAGCGGUAUGAUAGUUUAGUGACAAAAGUGAAAAAAAAUGAAAGUCAUCAAAUGAAGAUUAAAGACAUGUCACUCGACGCAAUAUUGCAUGCUGAUUCCGAAUUUACACUUUGUUCGGCGACCUGACUUCGAUGAAGGGUCGAAAAACCUCGAAAAUCACUGAAAAUGCUAUCUGAGACUCUAGAAAAAAUGGUUAUACUUCUGAACGAAACACGCUAGCGGGCUCAGCCUUACGCAGAUCGAAAGAGAACAAUUUUCUCUAUCGAAUGGUCAUGUCAAAAUCCUAAAUCCAAUAGUAAAUGCCUUUGGAAUAUUGUUUUUAAAAUGUUCAUCAAGAAUUCUCGUGAUUGGUCAAUUUUGAUCAACCAGAUUUGAUAUUUUCAUAUAAAAAAUAUGACUCUCUUUCGAAUGCUGAAAAUCGCAAGUCUCCAGGUGCUUUCGCUCUGAAGUUUUUCAACUUUCAACCGAGGGCACUGUUCAUUGAAAUGGAUAGUAGUUUCUUCUUUUUCUUUAGAAAUGUUCUCUUACUUACAAGUACUUCCGGAAAGAGUAUAACUGAAAGGAUCUGAUCUGAUCUGAAUCUAAUCUGUCCGAAUGAAUAAUUUUCAUUUUUAUUUUCCCGAAAUAAAACGCACUAGUAGCAAAUCGUUUCUAAGCAUCGUUCACGCUGAGGGACCCAAUAUCUUGUAUUGCUGCAUGCCUAAUCGACUGCCGUACUUGAGAAACAUGUUUACAUGCGCUUUAUAUAUUGGGAAAAGCCUCAUUUCUCUAGACUCCUCUAUGUUUGCACGAGCGAUGAUUUAUUGGCCGGACCUAUCGACUUCAGACUUACAGGUCCCAUAGAGAAAUGUUUGGGCUAUCGAUUGGUGUAAUUUUUAGUUAAUUAAUAUCGAAGGCUAAUGAGUAGGAAGUUGGGAAAGUUAAAAACAAUGAUGUUUUGCUGGAGUGAUCCGAUUUACCCCAUCAUGCGUUGCUUAACUGAUCCGAAUUCCCUCAAUUGGGGUAAAUCGAAUCAGAGCGAUGGGACUUAUUUCAUUUUAAUUACAGAUAAAUAAUUAAGAUGAAUUUUAAAGUAAUUUUUACAUCAGUCGAUAGAAAAUGUUCAAAUUUUUACCUGUGAAAAAAAUUUUUUCAGGAUAAAAAAUGAGCGAGUUAUUAUCAAAACAAUACGGAAUUUUCCAAAACUGAUGUGAUUCCCCCCCAACUAACUCUAUAUUAAGAUGUUCCAUCCCCUAACUUUUCUCUCACCCCCAAACACAUCGCUGGAAUUAUAACAGCAAACUCAAUUUUCAGAUUACACGUAUUUAUUUUGCCGACUCAGCUUUUAGAAACUCAGUUUAGCAAAGGGUAUCUACAAAACUCGAAUUUCCAGAGAUCCAAGUUUAAAACUUGUUGAAAACAAUUUGUUAAGCAUGCCAGCUGAUAGAGCAUAUUCGAAAACCUGUAUUUCAAUACAUUUUAAAGCUUAUUUAUGAUAUUUUAACUGAAAAGCGGAGAGAAUCGCAUUUUCGAUCCGCGGCCAAAAAGUGAAAACAACCAAGAUCUUGACAGCUAAAGACCUGGUAGUUUGUGAAUAAGGCUUUUUAUAGACUUGCGAAUAGCCUCUACAAGCAUACAGUGUUAAUAUAUUUUUCUGAUCACUUUCAUUUUUCCUUUAAAAACGGUACCAAAAUCACUCAGAUACACUAUAAAGAAGAAUAUGUUCAAAUUUCGUUUUCACAUCAAUGUAGUUCAGAAUUUAUGCUGCUUAAUUGACUGAUAAGGAAUCGAUUGAUUCGAAACGUCAAAUCUACUUGUUUUAAACAAAUGAAUAAGUGUAAUUUGACUACUAAUAUGUAAAAUUCUAUAUUCUUAAAAAGAUCUACCAUUAACCAAAUAUAAGAUACAAAUAUUUAUCAUAUUAUUUUUAUGCUAUAUUAGGGAAUCCGUAUUUAUCAUUAAUCUAUCAUCACCAGAAAUUCAUCCAGCAAAUGAAAAUCAACUUCGAUCAGAUGUUUAUUCAACGCAAUCUCCUCUUGUUGAAACAAUUAUUCCAAAUUUAGUCAAUCAGUCAAAUCAAAAUUCUCCGCAAACAUCUCUUCCAUCACAAGGGGCACCGCCACAACCACAUCCAAGACGACCAUCAAUAGUACAAACAUUACGAACACUCGUAUCAUCUAGAAGUAGACGAGGUAGUUUAUAUGCUGAUUUGUCUCAACGACGAAUGACUGAAUUAAAAUUUCGUGAAUUAUUGACUGAUCCAUUAACCGAUCAAAACUUAAAUUUUUUUCAAAAUUAUUUUAAUGAAGAUAUUUCAGUGAAACAAUUUGACAUUACACAAUUUUGUCGUUUACUUCAAAUAACACCGGUAUUAGGUACGUAUUUGUUUUGA